AAUUGCGCGCCUUUCCAUCUUGUUCCUCCCCGAAGCGGAGCGUCGUCGUCGUUGUUGUUGUCGUGGGAUAAUAAUGGCGGCAGCUGGAGGCGGAUUUCCUGCCUCGGUUGUCUUCGCGGGCGCGAGUCCGUCUACCCCGGCACGGUGUCGCUUUCCGGGGCGGCCGUGGCCGUGUCGCGGUCGUCAGAAGACGUGGAGGCGGACGAGGGUCGGCCGGCUGGGGCUGGAAGCGGCGGCGGCGGCGGGCGGCCCGAGAGAGCCGAGGCCCGUUAGCGUUGAGGUUACGCUGCGCGAGGACCCGUGUUUGCUGCGCCUGCUGAGGAUCAAUGAGCGGCUCGCGCUUCAGAGCGACGCGGGUUUCUGCACAAGCGGCAGCGAUGAGGAGGGAGAUUUCACAGGCUUCCAGACUGACGGUCGAUGGGCUUUACGCUCUGGACAUGAUGUUCCACAAAAACGUUCUUUUAAGUCAUCCUCAACCUCAAAGGCGAAGCCGUUGCUUCUCGCUUCUGAUCCGGUUGCAAACAAAGCCACCGUUGCGAAAAAGGUAUUACGGGUGAAAACAGACAGAACAUCUUCAUCUGAGAAGGAUGAGAGGAAGUGUGGAAAACGUCAACAAAAUGUUAGCAAACCCAAACUAGUCGUUAAACUGGCUACCAAAGAGAUGACCGAUAAAAAUCUGCCGAGGGAAAGGACUUUGCGUAGGGGUCGAGGGAGACCGUCUAAGAAUCAGAAAGGGACUUUCUCACAUGAAGAAGGAAAUGUAGAAGAAGGUGUAGAAGAUGAAGAGGUAUUGGGUGAACCAGAUGCGGAUGCUGAAAGAAAGGAGAAGUGGCAGGGACGAACCGGUCUGAGGAGGAAGAGGAAAUUUGUGUGGAAUUUAACGCUAAAUAAAAGGAGAGGAAGAAAUCCCAAGAAGAGCCUGGCUGAGAAUUUGGGCAGACGUCCUCACAGAGGACUCACAAAGACUCAGGAGAGCACAACUAGGGAUAAACUUGGGGUUGACCAAACUGCCUCUGUGUGUCUCAAACAGAAGGAGGUCAACAAAGUUAAGGAAGAGGAAGAACAGGAGAAUGCUGUUUCUCCUGAUGGAAGUGAAGGCACACCAGCGAAAGCCAGUGGUCUACAUUCUCCCAAAUUAUCUCCCCGUUCCUUAAAGCGACGCAAAUCGUUAUUUGGCUAUCGUAGGAAGCCGGAGCAGGAGGAGGCUCGGUCACCAGUUGAGUGUAGAAUACCCAGAAAAAGGCGCCGUCUUGUCCAUUACACCUACGCAGAAGUGGAAUCGCCGGUGAAUCAAGAGCCGUCACAGGAACCUCCAGCGCAGGCGGCGAGUCAGCAGGACAGCCUGGUUAGUAGUCGGCCAGCCCGUGUGAUCAGGGUGCCCAAAAGGUUCAUGGAUGACGAAGGCUUGUCCGGGCUUCUGGGAAAGAAGGGUGUUCAAAGUGAGAAUCAAGAGGGUGAGUCUUGCAGUGACUCUGAGCAAGCACACCUUUCCCAAACCCCAAGGUUCACAAGCAAACAAAAGAGCGUGAACAAAAGGACAAUAUGUGAUGAUGAGGAGAACCUCAUUGGAAAGUCUUUGGCAUGGAAGCCAAGUGGCCUGACUGGUGGUCAACGAAAGAAAGUGGGCAGACCAGCUUACGGUGCUACUCCUCUCAAAAUCUACGAGAGCUUAAAGAUGCUUACGGCAAGCUUGACUCAGAGGAAAGAGCAGCGCAUGGCCAGCGCACGUUCCAAAGCCCUUGGUGAAAAAGUUGAGUGCGUGAGCCAUGAUGCAGGAGAAUCUCCAGAUUCCAAAUGUUGGAGCUCUGACAUAAAGAUAGGCGAUCUGAACUGUCCAGGAGUGGUACAUAAAGUAGCCAUACACACCGAUGGUCAGGUGAUCAGUCAAUCACCACUUUCGUCUGUUGAAGGACUUGAAAACAAAGAUGUAGAGAGAACCAGCCUGGAGGGCGCUACUGACCUACAGAGCACGGAUGCUGGGAAGUCCGAGGUGGUGUUGGCACAGGGAAGUUCCUUUCACAAAGUCAACAUCUCUGGCGCCAACAAGAGGAUGCUUCACCUGCUGAAGAGGGCUAAGGUGCAGCUGAUUAAAAUUGACCAGCAGAAACAGAUGAAGACAGCUCAGCUGAUGUCUGGGACAGUUCGAAUUGGAGAUGGUGGUGUCAUGAGCAUGAAGAGGAGAGGAAGAAGGAGAAUAGUCAGGACGAUCAAGGAAGAGGUUCCUCAGGGACAGCCGCUUGGAGGUCCACGCAUAAAGCACGUGUGUCGGGCAGCGGCGGUGGCACUCGGGCAGCCUCGUGCCAUGGUACCUGAAGACAUCCCCAGACUCAGUGCUCUGCCUUUACAUGAGCGAGAAGGCAUUGCACCCUCACAAGACACAGAGGAGCUCGGGUCUCAAUCGGAAACGGAAAGCGCUGACUCUGUUGAGCAACGGCCAGCGUACAAACAGAAAGCGUUCGGUCUGCGACAGAGACGAUGCUUUAACUGCAAGGGCUGUUGUCGAGAAGAGGACUGUGGGACCUGCGUCUUCUGCCUGGAUAAACCCAAAUAUGGAGGACCCAACAAGAAACGUCAGAGCUGCAUCUACAGGAAGUGCUUAAGGAUCGAAGAGAACAAAGUGAGACGAAUGAAAGUUCAGAUGAAGCGACGGGCCAUGUACACCCAAGCCACUGUGUACAGUGGCGGAGAGGAAGAGGGCGAGGGAGAUGGCAUGGGAGAUGCGCUAAGCGCUAAUGCACUUAGCUCCAUCCGGAGGCAGCCUAGGCGGCAGGUUACACGGCGAUGCUUCAGCAACUUGCUAGAGUCUGACUCGACCGACACAGAUGCUUCUGGUGAAGAAUUAGCAAAGGAACCGAGCAGUAGUGAGCCAAGUAUUAAGGCUAAUGAUCCUGUUACACAUCCUGAUGCUCAAGAUGAGGCAGUGAAACCACGCAGGCCUGGCCUGCCGAGAGGACCGUGGGGUCGGCGACGAAUUAAUAAGCUCCAGAGUUGCCCUACCUCAGCACCAGGAAGUCCAUCUGUAAAGCUCAGGCUGAAGUUCCAGCUGCGGCUGCACAGACUACCACCUAGCAUGGUGCGAGCUGCUGAGGUGUCUUCGGUGGCUGUGGCUUCCCAGCCUGAUGGCAAAAAAGCACAAGAAGAGGAGGCAGAGAGAGAAACGCGGGUUGUGAAGGAGGGAGCUUUGCAGCAACCCCUUACUGACCCCUGUCUUCCUCAUUCCCAGAGCUCAAUGGAGCACAUGUCACCCAGCGUCCUGGCCUCACUGGCCAAAGGCUUUGUACACCGGGAACGACAGGCACAGGAGCCAGCGCACAAAAUCCGGGUAGACUUUAAGGAGGACUGCAACAUUCAGAACGUCUGGGCGAUGGGGGGUCUGAGUGUCCUCACAUCUGUUCCUAUCACAGUGGAGUGUGUGUGUCUGCUGUGUGCUAGUAAAGGCCAUCACAAUAUGAUAUUUUGUCAGAUGUGCUGUGAGCCCUUCCACCGCUUCUGCCUUCCAGUAGACGACCGACCACAGAAUGAAAAUCAGCACAACUGGUGUUGUAGGCGAUGCAAAUUCUGCCACGUCUGUGGUCGUAAGGGCAAAGCGGGAAAGCCGGUUUUACAAUGCAGAAGGUGCUUUUAUUGUUACCACCCAUCAUGCCUAGGGCCCACAUAUCCCAAACCUGGAAAGUGUACCACGCCUUGGGUAUGUAUGUUGUGUAUUCGGUGCAAAAGCUGUGGGGUGACACCUGGGAAAUCCUGGAGCACGUCUUGGAAUCACGAGCUGGAUCUCUGCCCUGACUGCAGUAACCUCCACAAACAAGGAAAUUUCUGCACAGUGUGUCUGAAGUGCUAUCCUGAGAUUGAGUUUGACAUGAAGAUGAUGCAGUGUGCUCGAUGUGCCCACUGGGUCCAUCCCAAGUGUGAGGGACUCACAGAUGACUUGCAUGAGAUUCUGAAGAGGUUGCGGGGAAAAAGUUUGGUGUUCUCCUGUGCAGCCUGCAGUAAGAUCUUCCCUAGUGGCUGGCAGGAGGUGGUGCAGAGUGUACUGCGCAGUGGUCUAGAAAAGAUCACGAAUGGUUUAAUGAGCUCCCUGACCACCUCUCACCUCCAGAAAUGCUCAAAGUGUGAGGCCUGUUCUGAUGCUGACAGUAUAAAGAGUAGGAUGGUUUGUGAUCUUCAUGCUGUGAGGAAGAAGCUUGAAGAAGGCUUGUACACUUCCUUGAAAGCAUUUCAUGAGGAUGUGGCGACUGUACUGGUAAAGCAGCUACAGCAAGAAGAACCACUUCCAGAAGAACAGAGGCCCACCCACCAAGCCAAAACUUUAUAUAUAAAAUUACUGGAGCAAACUUUCAGUUGGUUCAACAGUCAGGACCCUAAAGCAUGGAAGCCUGUAAUGAAGGAAUUCCCAAGUGCUAUGCUCCCAGAGGCAAUAAUCCCACCGUCUGAAGAGCACAGUUACGCCCAGUGGUUGGAGGAACACAACCAUGCUACAGCAAACGAGAACCAAGAAAACCUUCAUUUUAAAGCACAAGGAAAAGAUCCUCAGAACAUCAACCGAUGUGAUGUAGAUGAAAGACACUGCUCUCUUUGUCAGCAGCAGGGUGAUGCCAAACCCACUGAUGCAGGCAGGCUGCUGUACCUGGGCCAAAAUGAGUGGGCUCAUGUAAACUGCUGCAUCUGGUCGGCUGAGGUGCAGGAAGUCCGGGGUGCUUUGUUGCAUGUGCACAGUGCUGUGGCCAGAGGACGUUUCAUGCGUUGCGAGCGGUGCAGUCAGGCCGGAGCAACAGUGGGCUGCUGUCUCUCUUCCUGUCAGAGUAAUUACCACUUCAUGUGUGCUCGUGCCAGCCAUUGUGUCUUUCAAAGUGAUAAGAAGGUCUACUGUUACAAACACCGUGACCUCGUCAGCAACAAGGUGAUGAACGGAUUUGAGGUUCUCAGACGAGUCUACGUAGAUUUUGAAGGCAUUAACCUUCGAAGGAAGUUUUUAACAGGCUUGGAACCAGAGUCCAUUAAUGUCAUGAUUGGCUCUUUACAGAUACACAAAUUGGGUGUGCUCACGGAGUUAUCUGCAAAUGCAGGAAAAUUGUAUCCUGUGGGUUACCAGUGCACUCGGUGGUACUGGAGCACAGUCGACCCACGAAAGCCAUGCAAGUACACCUGCAGGGUGACUGAUGUACAGCCAUCAUCAGCAAGGAAAACGCCAUAUCUAGCACAAUACCAGGGAGAGAACUGCACUAUUGCACACAGCCCCAAACACCAUGAAGAUAUAGACACCACAGAGUCUGGUCUUGCCCUGAAGCUUAGCCCCAGCACCCCAUCUCCUGACUCCAAACUGGACUCAGGAACAGGAUAUAAAACUCCUGGUCACCCUCACAACAGGAGACCGGCUGGUGGGACAUUCAGACCAUUGCCCUCACCAGGGACUGCAGUUUCCACUUCCCAUCACAUCCUGACCAUCAGUGAUCUUGACGAGACACGCCGUUCAAGAAGGAUUUCUUUACGUAGCCGUAAUGCCUCACCUCCCCAUGCAGCCUCCUCUGGGCCAGUGAAAUUGUGCUCCGGAGCUGGUCUUCACCCCAGAUCGCUCCCAUUUAGCUCGUCUGUCUCUCCACUCGGCACUCUUGAAAACCCCAUGAGCUCUGUGUCACCUCGCCGCAGGGGCCGCCCUCCUUCCUCCCCUUCCAGUGCUACUUCAGCAUACUCCCCUCGGCAAGGUGCAGUUGCAACUGCGAGCCCCCCUUCAACUUUCGUCUUGUCACCAUGUCACUCUCCAAAGAUCCAGCAGCAUUUAAAGGUAACGCCACAAGAGUCCGCAGAAGUACCUCAAGAUUUCUCUGCCUCUUUAGAGCCUGAAGAUGCUGCUGGAAUGCCGGAGGAAGGCAUCUCCAUGAUUGCAGUUAUGAAUGAUUGUGACACAGUACCGCUGUCGUCAGACCAGUUGCUGCUGUCUACACCGUUUGAUACAGACACAGAUGUAGCUGUUGCCUCUGUGUUGAAUGAAAAGCUUGAAUUCGAUGAGGCCUUGCUAAAUGAGAACGUGGCCUUGCACUUUGGCCAGCAUGGCAGUGGGGCAGAUGUGGCAGAGCAGGGACAGGGGUUCUUGACUGAUGGAAAUGGCUUGGUCGAUGAAAAUCAAGUUUCAGCCGCAGGUGCCAGUCGAUACAGCUCCAGAAUAAAGGAUUUUUCUGGACUUUCAGCUGCUGAAGAGCAAAUGGAGCAAGAGUCAACGGAUGAAGGCUCUGAUCAUUACUUUAAUUUCUCUCGCACAGUAGUAGUCUGUGAUUCUGCUAAGGAUUCCACACAAACCGGGUUAACGCUCCUUCCUACCUCGCAGUCGAUCUCUCAACUGGACGGAGCAGACAACAAUUCAGAAAGCGAUGCAGGGGAAGCCAGUGGGGAGGACAACACUGAGGAUGUAGGAAAUAGUUAUCAUAGUCAGGACACAACAAAGGGUGCCACUGGAAGCAGGUUAGUUUGCACUGGCAAAGCUGAGUCCUUACAUAUGGGUGACGGGCCAGCUAUGUUGGAGAAAUGUCCAGGAUCGCCAUUCUUGCAGAAGAGUGAUGACAUGAUUGUUGACUCCAUGGUUGAGGUAUUCACACCAGAAGAAGGUACGUCUGUGAAGGAUUUAAUAGCGCAAGAGAUGCAGCUGACCCCUGAGCCAGAUAUACAAAAUGUUGUUUUAUCGUCUCCCGUGUUUGACACGCGUGGUGACCUACUUGCCGGACACGAGGAUGUUCUAUUGGACAGCGAGCCACUGGAUCACUUGAACGAGGUGGUGCUGGAUCCUUCUAAUGAUGUCUCUGCUCAAGAUGAGCACUCGGGCAGAGAUGAGAAAGGGCCAGAGAAAAUCGUCUUUCCAGAAACACCUCCUGUGAGCAGUGUUGGAAAAGUGCGAAUUAUCACUUCUACUCUAGCCCCACAUAGACGUUUUAUUAUCCCACAGCCUGUUACACAACACCGAGUCGUCAGCAUGGCUGUACCUGCAAUCACGUCAUUGCCUCUGUCUUUACCUGUUAACAACAUUUCCACUUCAGCUGCGCUCUCAGUUUUUCCACAAAGAAAUCAUGUGGUCACUUCCACGCCGGUUGUAAUUAAUGGUCUGGGGACUCAGCUCAAGGAUGCAACAAAAAGCAGACCUCUUGCCAUCCGCCUUCCUACCUCUACAAAAACAAGUGCAACUGGUGCGUUGUCUAGCCCGCAAGUUUUGCUCGUCAACCGCGCUGGUCAAAUUUUAAUAAAAGACCCACAGACCAAUAGUUACCAGGUCCCUAGUGCUACUUCACCUUCUUACAGCCAGAUCAGCCAGAUUGCUAAGCUCAUACACAGUCAUAACCUCAUUCAUAGAGCUGUCCCCAGAGUCGUGGUGAAUCCAGUACCACAAGCAAGCCCCAGCCAAGGUCCAACCACACAAGUAUUAUCAUACACCAAUGGUGCAGCGCCAUCAACUAAAGUUUUGAUCAGGAGACUACCUCAGAAAUCUUCAGCAGUGCAAAUGAACAGCAUCAGCAGUAUACCUAUGAGAGGAACCAGUGGUGUAAAGCUCAAGAAUGUAUCAGUGCCAAGUACAGCAGAGUUAGAAAGGAUCCAAGGGGAGGAUGCACAGGCAAUAAUUGAGAGAGCCAUGGCAAGCCACAGGGACAUGGCGCUGAGCCCUUCCCACUUGCAGAUCCACCCAUACCUUAAUAAGCUACAGUCUCCUGAGGGGGUUAAACAUUUUCCAGGAUUGCAUUGCCAAACAAAGCCCAACAUUCUGUCCCAUUCAAGACCUCAGGUCAGGGUCAAGAGGGUGUCGUCAGCAUCGGAACGAACUGGUGUAAAACAAUGCAAGACCACCUCCAUAGAGCCAACAGUUCUUAGCUCUCAGGACGAGCUAAACAGAUCGAUCGGAGUCCGCAUUAAAGCCCCAACCAUUAAGGAGGUGCUGCAUUUUAAUCCACCAGAAGUUGAAAAUCUUUGUGAACCAAAGAAUAACGAAGCCAAAGAAUCUGAAAUCAAAAGAAGUAUUCCAAAGGAAUGUGAACCCUGUGAACUGCAGGAAAGCGAAAGCAACCAUGACAAAAAUCAUGCAUGGGUCAGCUCCAGAAACAGUGACUUGUCUGACUGGGGGCCUUGUUCAGGAUGGAGUUCUGACGAGGAUUCUUCAUCACCAUAUAAGGAUGACCAGGAUGUUUGUUCCAGUCAGGAUAAGCCUCACCUGUUGUUCAAAAUUACUAGUGAUGAUGGCUUCAGUGUCGAGGCAGAUAGCAUAGAGGUGGCUUGGAAGGCAGUGAUGGAUGGCGUCCAAGAGGCACGGACAGGCUACAGGCUUGAGCAGCUGCCGCUGGGCAGGAUACGUGGUGCCAGGUUACUGGGUGUCCUUCACGAUGCCGUACUGUUCUUGCUGGAGCAGCUGCAGGGGGCCGCACAGUGCUACAACCACCGCUUCCGUUUCCACCAACAAGAAAAAUCUGAGGAGGAGCUACCGAUAAACCCUAGCGGCUGUGCUCGUGCUGAAAUCUAUACAAGGAAAAACACAUUCGACAUGUUUAACUUCUUGGCGUCCCAACACCGCCAGCUUCCUGAGAGCAGACCGUGCGAUGAAGACGAGGAUGACGUCAAGCUCAAAUGCAGCAGACGUGCAACCAGCACGGAGUUGCCGAUGGCGAUGAGGUUCAGACAUCUUGAGAAAACCUCUAAAGAAGCUGUUGGGGUUUAUAGAUCCGCUAUUCAUGGACGUGGCCUUUUCUGCAAGCGCAACAUAGAAGCUGGAGAGAUGGUGAUCGAGUACGCUGGUAUUGUCAUCCGUUCGGUUCUGACUGACAAGCGGGAGAACUAUUACAGCAGUAAGGACAUCGGCUGCUACAUGUUCCGCAUCGACGACUUCGACGUAGUAGACGCCACCAUGCACGGCAACGCAGCGCGUUUUAUUAACCACUCGUGUGAGCCGAACUGUUACUCGAGGGUUAUUAACGUGGAAGGCCAGAAGCACAUAGUCAUAUUUGCGUUGAGGAAGAUCUACCGUGGUGAAGAGCUUACCUAUGACUAUAAAUUUCCCAUCGAAGAUGCCAGCAACAAGCUGCACUGUAACUGUGGUGCUAGGCGAUGUAGACGCUUUCUCAACUAGGAGUAUUACUGCUCCGAAUAAAGAGGGAUCUAUAAGAACUGCUUGCGCCAGAUGGGCAGAAGAAAUGAAUAGGUGGGUGAAAUGGAGAUUAUUCAUGUGUUAGAAAUCUGUUCAAACUUUAGGACAGUUCUAGUCCUGGUAAGACAUUUUUCUGGUGUGACGUGAUGGGAAAGCUCGAAUACAACUCGCAGCCGUCCGUUAUAGGCGGAAUCCAAGAUGAGCAAAAACGGCCGCGCUGUCUGGAUGUGAAAAGGAUCAUUAGUUUGUUCCCUUUCAAUUAGAUCAACAGUGACCAACCUUGGGUGUAUGUAAACUCAUGUAUAUCAAAGUAGUUCUUUCCUACCUUCUGAGGAAAAGAUAUGGUAGCUGGCUUCACGUGCCUUGGAGGAAACACCCUCUUCCACUGGUGACUGUCAAGUGAUAAGGGAGAUCUAGCUAGAGUGCGUCUAGUGUGAUCGGUGUUUCUUAACAUGAAGGCGGUUGACUUUUCGGUUUCCAUUCUCGUGUCCCGAAAAGUCCCCUUUGUGCUAUGUUUCUAUGGCCAUGUUUAAUUUUUACAGGGAAAAAAAUACAUUUUCCUUUUUAAUCAAGUUGAACAUGGAUACCAUGUGUAAAGUCCCAUUAAUGAGUGCUCACAGCCACGGUGCUGGACCAGGGCUUUAGAAUAAAACAAACAGUAUUUAAACUUUUAAAUGUGUUCUUGCUACUGAUUUUGAUGCUCUCCAUAUCUUGGAGAAUCUACCAUUCGCACCUUAUCAUUGUGGCUCUAUUUUAAUCGGAGGAUUAUUAUGACACGUUUCCACUGAGCACAUGGUUGAAUAAACGCUUUUAAUGAAGGUCAUUUUCACUGCUUUUCUCUUUCUUUUUUUUUUUUUUUUCAUUUCGUUUUACUCAAAUUUAUGCACAUCUUCGAUUCACUCGUUAUCUACCGCGCCCAAGUCGUAUGAGAUCUAGGCAGAGCUCAAGUCGUAAGACUUACUGCAGCGUCCUACUGUCGCAUCCUUGUACAGUUUAUUUUUCACCCUGCCAUUUUGAACUGUAAGAAUAUUGGGGUGUAUAUCAAUGGAAUGUGUUCAGUGGUCCGCGCUGGAAAAGUUACUUAAAAAAAUUUUAAACGAAUAUCUAGUUUUUAUACAUUUUUCAUUGUGCUUUUGGAAAGUUUACCUUGCUCCCCCGCACCGCCCCCCACUUUGAAACCUUUCUAGCGUAAGCUGUGAACUCUUCCAGCUGUAACCAGCGCAAUCACAGCAAAUUUAGAAGACCAAGCAUACAGUUGUUGUACUUCGAGAGGUCAAACACACAACCUGAAGAGAGAAUCAUCCUUCUUCUAGCUAUGAAUGAUUUCUUUCAUAAAUUCUCUCUUCUGUAAGUAAUACCAGGGACUUUGAAAGUCUACUACCUCAGUGGCUAAUGACCAGUGAUGGCUAGUGAAACACCGCGAACAGUAGCAGAAACCUUUUGCUACCAUGUUCUACACUAGCAUUAAAUGUAUGCAAUGUGACUGCAGGUUUUUUUGUUGUUGUUUUUUUUUUUUUGUGUGUGUGUGCUUUCAACAGGCUUCAGGUCCCUACUUGUAUUUGUGUACAGAAUGUUUUUUUUUUUUUCACAAUAUCAAGAGUAAGGAUUGAGUCCUUAAUUUAGCUUGAGGAACUGCUUCCAUGUUGUUUGGCACAAUGGCAAUCUUUUGUAUAUAGUUGUACAAAAUUUUGAUUUUUUUUUUAAAGCACUUUUUUUUUAUUUAUAAUGUUCUAAAUGUAAUAAAGAACUCUUUAAACAAAAUGUAUUUAUUUUA